AUGAGUCCCAGCAAUAUUAGCUAUCUCAUCAAGGAGGAUGGUGAUUGGACAACUAGCAGCGAAGAAACUCUAGAGCUUCUUGUACAGACGCACUUUCCGGGUUGCCUCCACAGUAGAGUCACAAAUACCCGAAUCAUAGGCAACCAUGAUGACAUUCCAGCGAAUAUCAUAACCGAGGAGAACAUAAAGCAUGCUAUUAGCAGCUUCCAACCGUUUAAAUCUCCGGGACCAGACGGCAUUAUUCCCGCUGACCUACAGCAUACAGCAGGAAUGAUUGCACCCAUACUCGUACCAGUCUUUGAAGCAGUGUUACGAAUGAAUUAUAUACCCCACAAAUGGGAGGAGCAGUUCACGACUAAAUUUGUACUUUCGCUUGCAGUGCUGAUUGCCUUCAGCCAGGCCACUCCGCUAAAUCAGGAGACUGGAACUAUUGAAUUCGACUGGCGUGGCAACCUACAAGAAAAUCCCAAUUACUAUGUCAGCCAAAAUCAGGUUUCCUGGUUUUCUUCCAAUUACUUCUGCUAUUCGAACGGUUGGGAUCUGGUAUCGCCCAGCGACUUUUCAGCAGAAACGGAAUUGAAAGGAUUUGUGGAAUUGUUUGGUCUCACCAAAUACAACUACUGGGCUGCUGGCAAUCGCUUGAUCGAUCAAAAAACUUGGACCUGGGGCGUUGGUGGCGAGGAUUUCUCUCUUACUAACUGGGCUACCAAUCAAUCAACAGCUAGCGGCAAUAACUGCUUGUUGCUACAAACUAACACCACCGAUAUUUUGUGGGCCAAUCAGGUUUGUACUUCCCUGUACAACUUUAUCUGCCAAAAGUAGGGAACAAUGGAUUUGAAAUAUGUAAAUCUAAA